AUGACCAUUGCCAAUGAUGAAAAGUGGAUCGAUAAAGAGAAGACAGGUUUGUCGGAGGCAGCCAUGGACAUCAACCUCACACUUUCAACUGACACGAUCCGCAUGCUCGUCCAGAAGGCGCGCGCCGCUGCAUCGGCCAUGAAGGACACGUUCGAGGACGGUCACGACGGUGAUGUGGAGUUUGAUGCGGACACUCUGGAAGAAGGCCAUAACCACGACGGGCUUGCCGAGGAGGAAAGCGACGAUCUUUCCAAUGAGGAAUUGCGCGAGCUGAUCGAGGACUUCAAUGUCGACGAGGCUGCAGAACUGGUUGCCAUCACCUGGAUCGGUCGGGGUGAUUUUGACGCUGAAGAUUUCUACCAGGUCGUAAACGAAGCCAGGGAGCGUGCGGUCGGCUCCACCGCAAAAUACCUUCUCGGCAUGCCAUUGCUGGCCGACUACCUGGAAGCUGGCCUGGACGCGCUGGAUCUCUGA